AUAUGACAUAAUUCUAGCACAACUUUUAGAGUCGAAUUAACAAGUUGUACAACUAAAAAAAAAAAAAAAAAAAAUCAGAGAGAGAAGCUUUUGGUGGUGGUGGGAGUGUUUGGGAGGUGCAGCCAUGUGUGCAUAUACAGUAGGUUUCUGCUACAGAGAGAGAGAGAGAGAGAGAGAGAGAGAGAGAGUAGAUGUAGCAGUAGAGAUGAUGCGUUCAGGCCACGGAUGGUUUAUAUAGCAGUCAGUGUGGGUGUGAGCGCACAGAGCAGUCAGUUUCAUUCCCACUGUGGCGCUCAGCGCAGCUCAAGUUAAAGGCUCCUUACUGAUCUCCACGACACGUCAGGGAAGAAAGCUCAACUGCAUUUCGAAAGAGAAACAAUGACUAUUUUUUUAUACGUAUGAACUACAGUAGUUGCAGCGCGGUUCAACCUGCAUAGCCUCAGAUAUUAAGGGAACAAAAGCAGCCAAUUGCAGCAGCGAAGAGAUCGCACGGUGCACUACAGGGACAGAUCAUGCACUGUCAAGCCGAGCUGAGGCUCUCCUCCUCCGGCCAGCUGAAGGCUGCGAGGCGGCGCUACAAGACUUUCAUGAUUGACGAGAUUCUCUCCAAGGAGACUUGUGAUUAUUUCGAGAAACUUUCUCUCUACUCGGUGUGUCCUUCGCUCGUUGUACGGCCGAAGCCUCUUCAUUCAUGCUCGGGCUCUUCGUCACUACGUGCCUACCCUCUCCUCUCGGUGAUCACGCGGCAGCCCCCCAACCUGCCCCUCCACCUCCCUCAGCCGUCGUCUCCGGGCGGGGUCCCCUCACACCUGCUCUCCCCGCAGCAUCUGCGAGGCUCCGAGCCGUCGCCCAGCCAGACGCCCCUCAGCAUCAGCAGCGAGUCGGACACGGAGCGCAGCACGCCCCGCCUGAAGAAGCCGCGCCGCAGCCGCACCAUCUUCACCGAGCUGCAGCUCAUGGGCCUGGAGAAGAAGUUCCAGAAGCAGAAGUACCUAUCCACACCUGAUAGGUUAGACCUGGCCCAGUCACUUGGUCUCACACAGCUCCAGGUGAAGACAUGGUACCAAAACAGGCGUAUGAAAUGGAAGAAAAUGGUGCUCAAAGGAGGUCACGAGGCCCCGACCAAACCCAAGGGAAGACCCAAGAAGAACUCCAUUCCCACCACGGAGGAAAUAGAGGCCGAAGAGCGAAGAGUGAAGGUGGAGGAAGAGGACAGGAUGAGGAGGGCGACUAAGGAAGCAGUGCUGGCUCACGGAGGAGAGGCGUCUCAGCUCAAACCUCAAGAUCUCAGUUCAGAAACUCACAAUCCGGCCGCAGCGAUGGAGGGAUCCGAGCGAGAGCCGGCGCCCCUGGUGCAGCCAGAGACUCACGCCGAGAGCUAAGCGAGAACAAAACAACCAAAGACUGAUGCCAACCUGAAAACAAAUAGUGCCUCAGGAUCACUGUAAAAAGCCUGUGUGGUGUUUAGAGCCAUUCGCUUUAGGGAUGUGACUGGAAACAUAUUGCUGGAAUCCAAUCUCUACCUAAUGCAGCCUUUUUUAUGUUUUUGUGUAUUAGAAAAUGUACCGUAAGAGCUAAAAAUGCAUAGACACUGAUUGCACUGGUAGAAAUUUGGCCGUUAAAAACUGUAUUUGAGCAGGUCCCUGCUAUAAGGAGUGUAAAUCUGUCAAAUCCAAGGUCAGGUGAGUCAAAGCAAAACACGUAUCACCACAUCACCUUAUUGCGCAACCAAGAAAGAUCAAACACAGCGUUUCAAUCCCCCCAAGCUGCCUCACAUAGUGCAUGUGCCAAAAUAUCAAGAUUUGCCUUACUGUGGUGUCUCUAUGUAUCUAUGUAUUAUAAAUCACUUCACUGCCAAAAAUAUUAAAUAGCUACAGUGCCUUGUUGGUCUCAGAGGAAAGCUUUUAAAAAUAACUAUCAAAUGCAAGUAUAUUUUUUACAGUGUACAAGUGCCGUUUUUGGAGACAGAGUUGUAAAGUUUUGAAGAACACUUCAGUGUUUACUUUGGAGUUCUUCUGCACUGCUUUAAGGCGCAAAUGUGUUCAUUAUUUGGUCAGUAAAGCUUGCGUUUUUAUUUUUUCAAUCUGAAAAAUCCAUAUUUCUGCCAAGCCAUACACUGUAUCAUACUGUAGAAAUGUGUAUAAAGUAUAAAGUAUAUGGUCUUUUUCGGAUAUAUAUGUAAAACAGUAUUUUUACCUGCUGUUUAAUUGGAUUAAAAUAGUUUGUAUGUAUAAUGUUACUGCCGUCCCGGAUCUUUUUUCUCCUUUCAUGGGAGUCAGGAUGACUCUGCUUUCAGCCACGAGGCCACUAAGACUCUUAAACUGUCAGAGAUUCUCAGAGGGCAUAAAUCAAAGCCGAUGCCAAAAGAUGCACGGCAAACGCUGAACAUUUAAAAUCUCAGACCUGUUCAGCCUGCAGGGUUUUCAUGAGUACCCCAAUCAGUAUGUUAGACUUGCAUUAACAUAACACUGUCUUCAACUGCCUGUCACUGACUUCUUUACUUUCUCACCCUCUAAAACAUUUGUAAUUAAAGAGUUUCACUUUUUGAAUUAUACAGAUUUAUUUUUAUUUGUUAUUGUUUCAUAUGAAAAGUGCAGUAUUUUUCUGAUGUAAAUAAUGCUUGUUUGGUAAGCUUGUUUUUUUUUUAGGUUUGUGUACAAUCAUUUUUACUAUAUACAAGUGUGUGUUUAUGUAUUUAAAUGCACUUAAUAAAAUAGCAAUCAUUUGAAUUCCACUUGGUAUUAUUUGGCGCAAUUGCUUUGAGUUUUGCUCGAUAAAAUCCUGUUUUUACCAUUUAUUGUAAAUGUCAAAUGCUUCACACUGAUGCUGGUUUCGCAGGACGCAACCAGAAAUUCAACAAACUGCUGAUUUGUGCUGGCGUGUCUCUGUAUUGAAAAGAGUUCAACAACAAAGUAAAGUCGGCUACAGGUCAGAUGUACUGUCACGUCAUGCUAAGUGUGUGUGUUUAAAUCAAACAGUUACAGUAGGCCUGGCAGGUUGAAGUUCAGGCAGAUCCAUUACUGAGGAAGCUUUGAAAGAUGUAUUAGCCGUAGUCAAAGUUCGUCAUAAAUCACGGUCAAGAGAACAAAGCAUUUAAGCACUUUGUGUUGUGACAUUUAUCAUCUUUAUCUGUAGAGCAAACAAGAUGGCCUGUAGUGCACCUGAGGGCUCCUCUGUGACCCUGACUGAGUCUGAAGUGUAUUUUUAGUGCCUGAUACCGGACAUGGAUGGUUUGUAAAGCAAACAGCGCAGGUUUGCACUGAGUUAUGUGUACUGUGCUUUAACACCUUGUGUACACAUUCAAGGUAUGCUUCAUAUGUGUGCAUUCAACGACAGGAGCUCCUACACUUCUUGGAAGUAUGAUUGAACAUUUUAUUUUUUUCAGUCUUAGUGAAUAAAUUGAUUUAUCACAGGAAAAUGUUGUCAAAAUGAACGGAUUAGAAUGAAAAACUGUUUUUUUUUUUUUUACUUUUCUCAUUAAAAUGUUUUUUUCUUUGCUUUGCAAUACAUAUUCGUUGAUGCAGCAUCUUAUUCUUCCAGUUUCAGCCUAAUUAGAAGCAUAAUCAGCAUAAUUGGUGAGUGUGAUUAUAAUAAAUGUGAAUAUUAUGUACAUACAGUAUAUGAAUUGGAUUUGGUUUAGAUCAUAGAUUGUAUAUAAAGAUGGACGACAUGACAGCUCCCAAAAAAGUGAAGCCAAAACAUUUCGAUCGCCCCCUGGUGGCUGGCUGCAGUAUAGGUCAUAAAGCCCACCCCCUCCAUGUCAAAGUACACGUCAAAUUUUUCCCGAAGAUGAUUCCUGUCAUUUUAAGUAGUUCUUAUCACGCUGAUGUAUGUUCAUGUGUUAAUUUUUCUGAUAAGUUUGGUUUUAGUUAGUUAUUUGAUGCUAUAAAAAGGUGGUGUGACGUCAUGACUGGCAGCUGUGAGGCUCUCUCGCUGACAAGCUGUGGCCGUGCUCGGCUCGCGAUUGGUUCGGGCGGGUGACCUCGAUUCCGCGGCUCCACUGCCCGACCACUACUGCGCAGACUCUGGCUCCAAAUGACGUCAAAAUCUCAAAAUGGCAGUCCCCCGUACCCGGGGGUAUUUUGGCUUCACUUCUGUACAUUGGGAAGAAGUGGAGACGCCUCGUCCAUGUACAGUCUAUGGUUUAGAUUUAGUGCAUUUGUCAGGAACAAUCCACAAUGAUCAUAUCUUUACAGUGUUCAACAGUAUGUAAGGGCCAACAAGAACAAAUGUAAAAAACAAUGUCAAAUGACACCAAUAAGCAUUAGAGUUAAAUAUAGUUGGAACUGGUAUUGGGAGCACUUGCGAGUAUCAAUCAUUCUACUGAAGUUCUUCCACUGACACAAAUACGUUUCCGUGUAAAAUAAGCCAUGAAAGGUGUGUGCAUGGAUUCCUACGAACAAUGCAAUGCUUUCAGUAUCGUAGUCAUUAUUCUUUAAUUGUGCUUAAACUGUUCUGAAGAACUACUUCCAACUGCCUGGUUAAAGAAACUUGCAUUAUGACGAUGAUAAUUUAUGCUAACAGCUGUUGGCAUAUACAGUAGCUAUUUAUUUGGAAUAUAUUAAACUUAGAUUAUUCAGAAUUGGCCUUGCAGCUUGCCAGGCUUACGUAUGAGCUGUGACUCAGCCUCGCCACCUGGUUAAAUUAAGACUACAAUAACAAAAGCCUUUGGAGCAGGUUCAAUGUAUCUGCCUUAAUUGCAGAGAAUGAGCACAAACAUUUUCCUAUUAAAUCUCCUUGUGAAAACACAGGCUCUGGCAGGCCGGCAGGGAGGCAGAUCUGCAAGGAAACCGCACCUUGCAAGUCUCCACAGGCUGUUGAGCGCCUCCAGGCUAAUUGUUGUGUGGCGAGGUGAGACACUGGCGGCCUAAUUGGAGAACCUGUUAUUUUCUCACAGGUCCAAGUUCAGCUGCAGGUCACAGGAGGAGUGGAGUGGUGUCAACCCUUAGCCAGCCCCCCUCCACCCACUAAGACAUCCAUUGCACACCUUCACCUGUCAGCUUAGCGUACGCUCGGGUAGUUAGUGGGGGCUGCUGUGAGAGGGGGAGUGGGCGUUGCUCACGGUCUGUCACCCUCAUUUGUGUCACGGCAGAGGAAGUUAUCUCUAAAUGUUGAGUGCAGGAGCAACAGCGGGGCUUAGCUAUGUCAAUAAAGGUGGAUGCUUUCGACAACAUGCACAAUGCUCCCCAUUGUCUUCCAUAACAGUGGAAGAGAAGCAGUAAUCAUCGGCAAUGGCAUGAGGAUCACCUCCUCUCCGAGGAGCAUAUGUAAGACACGUGGCUGACUGAAGCUGUUGAGCAAGAUGUGCGUUGAAGCAAUUUCUGCGCGGUGGAAUAUUAUUUGCAAAUACAAAUCAAACAGACAUUAACCUUCAUAAUGUAAUGUAUAACUGUGUUAAGGCUUUUGGGUGUAUUGCUGGGGAGCAAAGGACGUGCAGUGUCGAAGCAAUACCAGGAGCCAAGCAAUCAGCCCGUUCUGAAUGGGCACGCAGUGUGAAUGGGCACACACCCAAAAAUGGCACGCCCCGAACGGGCACGCCCUGAAUAUGCACGCCCUGAACGAGCACUGCACUAGUUCUCAUCAUUCACAAAUAUAUUUUUUUUGUAAUUAAAGCUUUAACUCAGGUUUUCGAAUGAAGCUUUGAAUGUUUGUCGUUGUAUUUUUAUUUUUUUGACUACAGUAAAAAGGUUAUUUUUGAAAGGCUAAGUGCCAACAAAUAUGGAUUGAAGCACAAUAUUUCGUUAGAUAAAAACAAUUUGCGAAUUUUAGAAAUUAUUACAUCAAAAUGUUUUCAAUAACUUUUGGACUUCAGACUCGCCGCAUUUGCUGAGAGUUUGCUUGUGUUUGCGCAGAGAGAGUCUGAGGGGAAGAGAAGGUGGACUACUGCAAGGAAUGUUUCGGUAAGGUAUUAAUAAUAAUAAUGAUUUGAAUGUCAAAGUUAUGAAUGAAGCUUCAACGCUUCAAACUAUUUAGUUGGCUACAGCCCUGCGAGCCACAAAACACCUUUUUGAAUUUGACAAACACGGAAUUCGG